GUCAAUCAGAAUGCACGGUCUGCGGACUCCAUCUCCCAGAAGGCCCCGGGGUCCGGGCACCGCACUGGACCGCACCUCCGCCGGCCGCAGCAAGGGGCGAUGUCUCUUGGCACCUGCUGGCCGGCUGACUCGCGCCGCUGUCCCACCUCGCUGGAUGUCCGUCCCGGAAGACGAGGACUCGCCAUCGCCGCUCGCGCAGCGAUGGCCCCGCGCGAGCAAGUUCCUGCUGUCGGGCUGCGCGGCCACCGUGGCCGAGCUAGCAACCUUUCCCCUCGAUCUCACAAAAACUCGACUCCAAAUGCAAGGAGAAGCCGCUCUGGCACGGUUGGGAGACAGUGCAAAAGAAUCUGCCCCCUAUAGGGGCAUGGUACGCACAGCCCUAGGAAUCGUCCAGGAGGAAGGCUUUCUAAAGCUUUGGCAAGGAGUGACACCCGCCAUUUACAGACACGUAGUGUACUCAGGAGGUCGGAUGGUCACUUAUGAACAUCUCCGAGAGGUUGUGUUUGGCAAAAAUGAAGAUGAGCAUUAUCCCCUUUGGAAAUCAGUCAUUGGAGGGAUGAUGGCUGGUGUAAUUGGCCAGUUUUUAGCCAAUCCAACUGAUCUAGUGAAGGUUCAGAUGCAAAUGGAAGGAAAAAGAAAACUUGAAGGGAAACCCUUGAGAUUUCGUGGUGUGCAUCAUGCAUUUGCAAAAAUCUUAGCAGAAGGAGGAAUACGUGGGCUGUGGGCCGGCUGGGUACCCAAUAUACAGAGAGCGGCGCUGGUAAACAUGGGAGAUUUAACCACUUAUGACACAGUGAAACACUACUUGGUUUUGAAUACGCCACUUGAAGACAAUAUCAUGACUCAUGGUUUGUCCAGUUUAUGUUCUGGACUAGUGGCUUCUAUUUUGGGAACACCAGCUGAUGUCAUCAAAAGCCGAAUAAUGAACCAGCCACGAGAUAAACAAGGAAGGGGGCUUUUGUACAAAUCGUCGACCGACUGCUUGGUUCAAGCUGUUCAGGGUGAAGGGUUCAUGAGUCUGUACAAAGGCUUUUUACCAUCUUGGCUGCGAAUGACCCCUUGGUCAUUGGUGUUCUGGCUUACUUAUGAAAAAAUCAGAGAGCUGAGUGGAGUCAGUCCAUUUUAAGCCCUUACAGAUACAGUGCUCAGUAUUAUUGAAUGUGGGCAUCUGCAACACACACCCCCUUAUUUCUACCUCUUUAGGAAGACAUUUUACUCCACUGAGACUGUGAUUUAUAGGGGGCAGCACUUUUUUUUCCCUCUGGAAACCCAAGUUCUCUUUGACUCCUCUUUUUGUCUAAAAGUGAUCUAGUCCGAUCUCACAAGACCACCCAGUGACCACCCAGCAUCUUGUUUGUAAAGAAGAAGGGAACCCUGGCCACUUUCACCUUGGCAGGAAGGCCUGGCCUCUGACACCACUCUGUGUGAAGAGCUUGCUGGGAAGAGGAGGAGCGGGCAGGCACCAGCCUUUCGGAUCUGAGCAGACGGCGGGAUAUAGAGGAAUAUAUACAUCUAUAUACAUAUAUACACACCAGUGCUUCAGAAAUAUACCCAGCCUGCCCUGUCGGUUGUUAUAGUUGAAGUUCGACAACUCGUUGUUCUGUUGUUAAAGUGUACAUGGUAUGAACUAAAGGGAGGCAAAUGAAAGUUCAUGAAUAAACAUUUUGAGUUUCCCUAGUAUUGAAGGAAGUCAUGUGCCUUUCCUUUUGAGGAGGAUGAAUGAAGUCAAGUUGAGAUGAUGUUUGCAUUUCAAGGACGGACAAGGUUGAUGUCCUUCCAGUCACUAGUGUCGCAUUAAUUGGCCUCUACACUUGCUAAUAAUAACUCCCUGACAGCCACAGACUGAGGGUCCUUGACAACAGUUCCCCUUACAACUCAGAAUUGUCACCAGCUCGCAGCACUCCUGAUCUAUAACUGCAACUCGUGAUCAAAGCUCAACUGUACAGGUCCUCCUACAAAGGACCUUUUGUGGCCAGCAGCCUUUCAGUGGUAUUUAAAAAGCAAGACAGAAAGAAGCCAGCUAGUUGUGUGGGUCCUUUCGUAACCCCUCCCCUAGCACUAAUGGCUCUAAGAGAGGGAGAGUAGGCAGAACUCAAAACAUCACCCUACCACUGAAUCUCCGUCUGAUAAAUCAUCUUGCCUGAAAUAUGAUAAACUCUGGUACACAGUUGUGUCUCCAACUUUCAAAUUAAAUUCCUUUUCUUAUUUUAGAAAGGUAAGAAAUUUUUUCAAGUUCACCAGCUCCCCUAAAUCUUUAAAGAGUGGCAUUUUGGAUGGUUGAUGUCAGGUAUGGGUAGAGGCUGAAAUUGUUGAAGUAGGAAAACUCAAGACAAGCAGGCCCAAGAAAGACUGGGCACUAACAAAUUCAAAUUUACAGUGGACAGGGUUGAUGCUGGACGGAAAAUCUACAAGUUCCAUGUGGUGAAACCAAUGUAUAGAAAAGCAUCUACAAGUUCCAUGUGGUGGGACCAAUGUAUAAUCACUGCCAUUUUCCAAGGGAGAGUACACUUUAAAAUGUAUUCUAAUGUGCUGUGCUAAUAUGUAGUAGCUUAUCAUUUUUCUAGCUGCAGAAUGUGGAGUUUAAUCUCUUCAAAGCUUUGAAUUGUCUAUUUUCCUGUUGUGUCUGUCAAUCUGUAAUUAAGUUGUCAAAUAUAUUUCAUAUCUAUAUUAUGUGCUUAAAUUCCCAAGUGUUCUGCAUUGAACUGCCUUGGGGAAACUGGUUUUUUUAUGUUUUGUAAUUUUUAAAGUUAUGUAAAAACUUCAUCAAAAUAAUUAUAUGUAAAUUGAACCAUGAAAAAUUGAUGUAGCUCUAUUCUUUAGGGGAGGGGGCAUGUGGGAUUAAAACAUUGCUUAAAUACUGACACUGUUCCUUGGUAUCCAAAUCAAUGUGAAUAACUGAGAUUUUUACCCUAAAUAAAUGAUUCCCUGAGAA